GGCACUGCCGGGGUUUUUUGUCUCCUCUUUCCUCCAUUCAACACAAUCAUUAACAGUAAAAUGGCAGGACCACGAUUAGAAGUCUUUAAGUUCGGUUUUUACGUGUUUUUUCCAGUAGGCGUUAUGCUUUAUUUCGGUGGACCUGACUUUUAUGAUAAAUACGUGAAGGGUAUCAAAUUUUGGCCAGAUAUAAAUACAACUUACAAACCACCAACGACGUCAGAGGAAGUAAGGAGUGCUUUGGAUAAAAUGAAGGCAGAAAGGGAGGAGCGUUGGAGAAAAGCGUUGGCAGCAAACAAAAAAUCAACAUCAAACACAACCACAAUAGAAGGCGAAACAGCGAAAGAAAAUGAUGUCUAGGAAGUCAAGACUGACUGUGUACAUAAAAUGAUCAGGGAAACAUUUUUAUUUCUUUAUACAAAAGUCUAAAUAUUAUUAUAU